AUUAUUUUUAAUCAUUUUUUUUUAAAUCAGGGUUGAUGACAGCGAAACAUCCAGAUUUCAGAAUACUAUUUUGAAAUACAAUAUCAGGUAUUUCUCAACCUAUUCAUGGUAAACUUUUAUUUUGAAGGUGGCUUUCGCCGCUCGUUGCCGGUUUAUUUCCGUAGUGCGGAGUAGCAACAAAACUGGAUGCGGCUGGCUUGACUUCCUCUUUUCGAGCGAAGGCUGGCUUGACGGCAGUUAAAUCUUCCCAAAUUUGUACUGACCAUGCCGAAAAGUCUCACAUAGGACGUCCAUCACUACUUCACGUGACUAAAACAUCUUUCGUUCCGGUUGAAGUCGUCUCUGUACGUGUUGAAGCUUCUCGGCCUAGCUUAGCCUAGCCUGCUAGCCGCUAACAAAGCGACGCGUGUGCGCUCAGCAGAGCUCAAGUGUUAUCUUCAGGUUGUUGGGGAUUGUCGUGUGGGAAAUGUGUGCAACGAGGGCCGCAGACUACGACUCGGAACUUUGCGGCCUGAACACAACAACAAAAAGAGAGGGGAAUACAAGACUGAUUCUGGAGAAAAUUACACUGACUAAACCAUACUGUGAUGAACAGGAAGCCCAGACAGCGCACGGCCGGCCCGCUAUUUGUGACUAUUUGCGUGAUCGUUCACAAAGCUAGCUGCUAAUGGUAAUGAAAACAAGUAUACGUGAUGUCAAGCCAUGCGAUUCCCACAUUGCAAUGUGGAUUAUUAUUUUUUUUUUCAAAAGCUCCUUAUUGUUACGAUAAUUGUCAUUGUCGCUUCUGUGUAUGAUACCAGUACUUGGUGGAAUGUGUACCUUAUGUAACUGCCACAUUUAUUGUUGAUUUGCAGCAUGUUGCAUUGUUUAAUUUUUUAAUAAAACCACGACUUGAGGUAGUGUCUGAAAGAGUGACCUCUUGGUCAAUUCUUCUCCUUGUAAGUGCCCAACAGAGCGAUAAUUAUUAAAAGACAUAACCUCUAAUUCGGCUUUAGGGACACUUCUCCCUGAGUGAUAUCCGUCGGGAGCAUCAUCGUUAAGAUUACAUAAUACACAUCAAGUUCCAAUCAUAAAAUAAACAUUGGUAUGUUGAGCUUUUGAGACACACCGCCAGAUUGUUCAUUUGUCAAUGGGCUUGAGUCCGAGUAAAGUCACAAGUCAUAGCUUUUCAAGUCAAAGUCGAGUUCCAAGUCUUGUGACAUUUUGUCAAGUCGCGCGUCUAAAGUCAUCAAAUUCGCGACACGAGUCUGACUCCCAACAGACAAACAAAACAAUAAUAAAUAGGUAUACGACAGAAAAAUAGAUUACAUUUCAGUACAUACUUUACUAUUCUUUUUUUGCCAAGUAACACUGCUGUUUGAGUUGGUGGCUGUUGGGCAAUUGUGAUGUUUUAUUUUGAAGAACCGAGGAGAAGAAAAAAAAAAGCAGUUCCUCUUCACGGCAGUCACAACACGACGUCAGUGAAAAUCUUCAUCCAGAGUGGCAGCAGUCAGCGUCCCCUCACGAUAAAGAGGAAAAGGAGGACAAAGACAUUUGUCAUGUCAAAGAGGAGGAGGAAGAGCAGGAGGAGUUUUUCAAGGUUCCUUUGACAUGUGUCCCUUUGACGAGUGAAGCUAAAGGUCAAUUUGAAGAGAGACGAGGGGCGGAGCCUCCUAGCACCAGUUUAAGUCAACACGUUUCAACAGAAGCCGAUGGAGACCACUGUGGGGGAUCACAAGCAGACGGCCUCUUAGUUCCACGAUCAGAUUGUGAUGACACAAUGUCACAGCGCUUACUUACUGCUUACUCUGUUGAUGAACAGUCAGACAGUGAUAUGACAAGUCACACUGACAACAAACGCUGGAAAUGUUCUCAAUGUGGGAAAACCUUUGCUUUUAAGAGGAAUUUGAAAUGACACAUGAAAAUACAUACGGGAGAGAAGUCUGCCUGCUCUGACUGUGAUCAAAGAUUCUAUCACAAAGCAAGCUUAAAAGGUCGCACAAGAACACACACUGGUGAGAAACCAUUUGCCUGCUCAGUUUAUGACCGAAGAUUCUCUAGAAAAGCAAACUUUUUAAGACACACAAGAACACACACUAGUGAGAAACGUUUUGCCUCCUCAGUUUCUGGGCAAAGAUUCUUGGAGAAGGGAACUUCAACAAUACACACAAGAACACACACGGGUGAGAAACCUUUUUCCUGCUCAGUUUGUGGUCAAAGAUUCUCCUGGAAGGCAAGCUUAAAAGGUCACACAAGAACGCACACUGGUGAGAAACCUUUUGCCUGCUCAGUCUGUGGGCAAAGAUUCUCCUGGGAGGCAAGCUUAAAAAGUCACACAAGAACACACACUGGUGAGAAACCUUUUGCCUGCUCAGUUUGUGGUCAACUAUUCUCUUAUAAGGGAAGCUUAAUAUUUCACAAAAAAACACACACUGGUGAGAAGGCUUUUGCCUGCUUAGUUUGCGGUCAAAGAUUCUCUCACAAGGAAAGCUUAAAAAUACACACAAGAUCGCACACUGGAGAGAAACCUUUUUCCUACUCAGUGUGUGGACAAAGAUUCUCCCGGAAAGGAACCUUAAAAAGACACACAAGAACCCACACUGGUGAGAAACCUUUUUCCUGCUCAGUUUGUGGUCACAGAUUCACUCAGAAGGUAAACUUACAAAUACACACAAGAACGCACACUGGAGAGAAACCGUUUUUCUGCUCAGUUUGUGGCCAAAGAUUCUCUGAAAAGAGAAACUUAAACAUACACACAAGAACACACACUGGUGAGAAACCUUUUUCCUGCUCAGAUUGCGGUCAAAGAUUCACUCUAAAGGGACACCUAAAAAUACACACAAGAAUGCACACUGGAGAGAAACCUUUUGCAUGCUCAGUUUGUGGGCAAAGAUUCUCUCACAAAGAAAGCUUAAAAAUACACACAAGAUCACACACUGGAGAGAAACCUUUUUCCUGCUCAGUUUGUGGUCAACAAUUCUCUUAUAAGGUAAGCUUAAUAUUUCACAAAAAAACACACACUGGUGAGAAGGCUUUUUCCUGCUCAGUUUGUGGACAAAGAUUCUCCCGGAAAGGAACCUUAAAAAGACACACAAGAACCCACACUGGUGAGAAACCUUUUUCCUGCUCAGAUUGCGGUCAAAGAUUCACUCAGAAGCGAUCCUUAAAAAUACACACAAGAACGCACACAGGAGAGAAACAGUUUUUCUGCUCAGUUUGUGGCCAAAGUUUCUCUGAGAAGGCAACCUUAAAAAUACACACAAGAACACAUACUGGAGAGAAACCUUUUUCCUGCUCAGUUUGUGGCCAAAGAUUCCCUAAUCGCUCUCUGGCUAAGAAUCACAAGUGUGUUGGUGAGAAUUGCAAUGAUCAAUGAAAGUUUAUGCCAGAAUACAAUCAUCCUUGGUGCAUGAACUGAUGAAACUAUGUACCUUCUUAAAGGGCGUCCUGUGGACAGGUUUUGAUAAUUAGCACUCAGACUGAAACACUUAGAGCAAUAAACCUGUAAUUUUUUCGUGAUGUGCAUGUCACAUAAGCAAACCAUUAAUUGAAAUAGACAGUGAGGAAACUUGGUCACUUCGGGGUAAGAUUGACAACUGCAUCCUGUAUGUCACCAUGAAAUAAAUAACAUAUUUUGUAAUGUAUUGUAGCGGGUCAGGGUUAAAGUGCACCAAAACAUAAAUCCUUGUUUUGUUUCUAAAUAAUUUUAAAUGUGUUUGAAGUAAAUGGUGAAAAUAUGUGCAAAGACUGAGAGCAAUGUAGAACUGAAUUGUUGAGAUGUGGCUUGAAAUUUUUUUUCACCUUUUAAAUUUUCCUGAUUUUUGUGGGUGGGCCUAAAAACUAUCCUCGUGAGGUCAAGACAUUUGGGCGUAUACUCCCCUCGCCCACUACAGAAACGCCAAGCACCCUUGUUCCAUGCAGUGGCCAAAUUGCCACUUCCUCAUUCAUAAUGGACCCAGUUUUAUCGGUAUAGCAUGAUUUGCAUCAAGUAAGCAAUUGCUCACUUCAGUCAGGCGAGUUUUCUAAAGCUCUUAAAGUAGCUGCCAUUUAGCCUCUUCUAAAAAAUAGAACGCUGGACGCUUUCAUGUUAGCAAGCUAUAGACCCAUCUCAAAUCUCCCUUUCAUAGCCAAGGUUGUUGAGAAAGUUGUUUUUUUUUAUCAACACAGCAAUUUCUUGAACUUAAAUGGAUUUUUUUUCCAAAUUUCAAUCAGCUUUUUGAACUCAUCGCAGUACAGAAUAUGUUCUUGUCAAAGUGCUUAAUGAUAUCAGGUAGAAUACUGACUCGGGAAAGGUGUCAAUUCUGGUCUUCUUAGAUCUCAGUGCAGCUUUUGAUACGGUAGAUCAUAAUAUCCUGCUGAACAGGUUGGAAGCGUGGGUAGGACUAAGUGGAAGAGUCCUUCAAUGGUUCAGGUCCUACCUGGGGGAAAUGAGUUAUUUUGUAACCAUUGGAAGUGUUCAAUCUCAUCGAAUGGCAAUGACCUAUGAGGUCCCUCAAGGGUCAGUUCUUGGACCCCUCCUGUUCAGCCUGUAUAUGCUACCCGUGGGUCAAGUUCUUCAGAACUUUAAUUUAGACUAUCAUAGCUAUGCAGAUGACACAGUUAUAUAUUGCAGUGUCUCCAGAUGACUCCAGUUCAAUUGAGGUGUUAUGUGUCACUGUCUAAAACAAAGAAAUAACCGGAUGAUUGCAUCCCGGGCGAGGCAGAGGAAGGGGGCCGACUCAUCCGGCUGUGGCUGCCCAAGGCUGGAACUCUCAACACGUGCACCACAAAAUACCCUUCCCCCUCCUUCUCCUCGCGACACUUUGCGGCUGACAAAUCCCUCCUUCGAUUAAUGGCCUGGUGCUGCAGGUGAUGGGAAAGGCAAACUAAUAAGAGGUUUGCAAAGACUGGAGGGUGUGUCUGGGGAACAUUUUCAAACAUUUUCUUCAAUUAAACCACAACAAAACUGAGUUACCGUAAUAUUUUUUGGCAAUAAAGAGGAUUGCUGUUGGUAAAUACCUGGAGUCACUCUCUCUAAAAACCAAAGACCAAGUCAUAAACCUUGUGUAUGGAUAGAUUCCGACCAGACUUUCAACAGUCAUAUCAAAUCAAUCACUAAAACUGCCUUCUACCAUCUGAAGAACAUAUCCAGAGUGAAGGCUUGUAUGUGUCAAGCAGACCAGGAGAAGCCCAUCCAUGCUUUUAUCUCAAGUAGACUUGACUAUUGUAAUGGUCUUCUGACUGGACUCCCCAAAAACAGCAUUAAACAGCUGCAACUCAUUCAGAAUCCUGCAGCUCGGGUUCUGACCAGAAAAAAUAGGUCAGAGCAUAUUACUCCAAUUCUAAAGUCUUUACACUGGCUCCCAGUCAGCUUUAAAAUAGAUUUUAAAUGUAUGCUACUGGUCUAUAAAUCACUAAAUGGUUUAGGUCCGGAAUACAUGAAACAAAUGCUAAUGAGGUAUAAACCUAUUAGGGCUCUGACAUCGACAGACCCAGGUCAAAUAGUGGAGCACAGUCCAAAGCAAACAUGGUGACGCAGCAGUAAGCUAUUAUGCUGCACACAAAUGGAAUAAGUUGCCAACAGAAGUGACGUCAGCCCCAAGUGUGAAUGCUUUUAAGUCCAGGUUAAAAACUCUUCUUUUUUUCCUCAUGCUUUUUAGAGCAUUUGCACUUUUAAAUAUUUCUUGCACUGUACGCAGUUUUAAUCGUAUUUUAUUUCUCUUUGUUUUAAAUGUUUAUAAGCUGUUUUUUCUUUAUUUGUUUUUAAAUGCUUUUAAUCAUGUAAAGCACAUUGUAACAUCUGUAUGAAAAUGCGCUAUAUAAAUAAAUUUGCUUUGCUUUGC